ACAUCCAAAAACUAACCUCUUCUUUCCUCUAUUCCUUCACGUGUGACAAAUACGCUUCAUAUUCCAGCCUUUUCUGAGUUACUGAAACAUUUACCAGUAUGGAAGAAGGAGAACCUGAUGAAAGACUAAAUUUUAUUCCUUGUUUAACGUGGGUGAGGCGUGGAGUUGCAAAAGCAGAACCAGAAAAAGUGAAGCUUUCUGAGGAUGAAUUAGCGGAGAUUCUGAAAGGAAGCAAUUCGGGAGCCCUUGAAUCUGACGAAGAUGGUUCAGAUGAAUCUGGUGCUAGUGAUGCUGAGAGCUCAAGCCAAUCUCAGACCAAAGAGGUUAAAUCUGAAAAGAAAAACGACUCUGAUACGGAAGACAAAUAUGGCUUUGAUAAAUAUGAUGAUGAAGAACCAGAUAUUGUUGGAGGUAUUGCUGGUCUGACAGUCUUCUCGAGCAAUAAGGAAGACCCAUAUAUUACUUUACCAGAUGAUGAGGACGAGGAUAGUGAGAAAGGAGAUGACCUUAUUAAUCCCAAUGAUAAUCUUAUUCUUGUGGGCCAUGUUGUCGGGGAUCAAGCAGUUCUAGAAGUUUAUGUUCAAAAUGAAGACGAGGGCUCCCUUUAUGUUCACCACGACCUCCUAUUACCUGAUAUUCCAUUAUGUUUGGAAUGGCUGAGUUAUGAUCCAUCAUCACCCACUGAUUCUAAUCUCUGUGCUAUUGGUGGCAUGACACCAGUCAUACAUGUCAUGGACUUGGACAUUGUUGACUGCUUAGAGCCUGCGUAUGUACUUGGUACUUCAGACUAUGAGAGUAAAGACCCUGUUGCUGUCCACUUCAGCAAAAAAAAACGAAAAAGCAAGAAGAAACGGGAUCAUAUUGGUCACAAGGAUGCUGUGCUUGAUCUCUCUUGGAAUACUAAUUUCACACAUGUGUUAGCCAGUGGUUCAGUUGAUCAAACGGUAAUCCUGUGGGACCUUGAAACUGGCAGUGUUAAUACCACCAUUGAUGCGUUCUGUGAAAAGGUGCAAACCCUCAAGUGGCAUCCUUACGAGGGACAGACGUUACUUGCUGGAAGUUGUGAUAAGGUUGUCCGAGUUUUUGAUUGUAGAGGUAAAGACACUUACAAGGAAUGGUCAAUGCCUGGAGAAGUUGAACGAGUAAUUUGGAAUCAUUACAAUCCAUUUUGUUUCUUUGCUAGCACUGACAACGGAAGUGUACACUAUGUGGAUUGUCGAAAUGACAAACCCAUCUGGGAACUUGCUGCUCAUUCUAAAGAAGUGACUGGGUUAAGUCUUAGCUCUAAAUGCCCUGGACUUCUAUUCACUGGAUCAAGUGAUGGUCUUGUCAAGGUGUGGGACAUUGAGGAUGAGUCCAAACCUCAACAUGUUUGGGAAACAGAGGUGAAACUAGGGAGUUUGCAGUGCCUGGAAUCAAGUCCUGAUAGUCCUUUUACAAUUGCUGCUGGAGGAGAUAAAAAAUCGCGCAAUUUUGGUGUUUGGGAUCUAAGUGACAAAUCAGCAGUCUGCAACAGGUUUUCCAAACGCCCUCUUCUCCUUCCAGUAGUAUCUAAUGAAGAUCCUACUGAUGAGAAGAGUUUGAAGGGACCCACUUCAGUCAUGGAUACUGUUGCUACUGCCUUGGAUGAUCUCUGCUUAUCGCUCAACACUGAUUCAAAGGAAAAGGUUAAAAAACUACCAGAUCAUAUGAAAGCUAUUAAGAAGAAUAAAAAUAAAAAGAAGAAGAAGAAAGUUGCUGCUCCCCAAUAAUGUUACAGCUGAUAAUAAAUUCUAUGUAAAUAUAAAAUAAAUAAUUCUAUUGGUUUA